GCGUGUCGCGGCGCCGGAAGUGAGUGAGCACUUCCGGCGGCGCGGAUUUCUCAGUGGUGCCGCUGUCCGGGGAUCUUUCUGCCGAAAUGAAGGACGUUCCCGGCUUCCUGCAGCAGAGCCAGAGCUCCGGGCCCGGCCAGGCCGCCGUGUGGCACCGCCUGGAGGAGCUCUACACGAAGAAGUUGUGGCAUCAGCUGACACUUCAGGUUCUUGAUUUUGUGCAGGACCCGUGCUUUGCCCAAGGAGAUGGUCUCAUUAAGCUCUAUGAGAACUUCAUCAGUGAGUUUGAACACAGGGUGAACCCUUUGUCCCUGGUGGAGAUCAUUCUGCACGUGGUCAGACAGAUGACUGAUCCUAACGUGGCUCUCACUUUUCUGGAAAAGACUCGUGAAAAGGUGAAAAGCAGCGACGAGGCAGUGAUCCUGUGUAAGACGGCCAUCGGGGCUCUCAAGUUAAACAUCGGAGACCUGCAGGUUACAAAGGAGACGAUCGAGGCUGUGGAGGACAUGCUGCACAGCCUCCCUGGCGUGACGUCCGUUCACAGCCGUUUCUACGACCUGUCCAGCAAAUACUACCAGACGGUCGGGAACCACGCGUCCUACUACAAAGACGCCCUGCGGUUCCUGGGCUGUGUCGACAUCAGGGACCUGCCAGCGCCCGAGCAGCGAGAGCGAGCAUUCACGCUGGGACUGGCGGGACUUCUUGGUGACGGAGUUUUUAACUUUGGAGAACUCCUCAUGCACCCCGUACUGGAGUCUCUGAGGGGCACUGACCGGCAGUGGCUGAUCGACACCCUCUACGCCUUCAACAGUGGCAACGUGGAGAGGUUCCAGACGCUGAAAGCCGCCUGGGGCCAGCAGCCUGACUUAGCGGCCAACGAAGCCCAGCUUCUGAGGAAAAUUCAGCUGUUGUGCCUCAUGGAGAUGACUUUCACACGACCUGCCAAUCACAGACAACUCACUUUUGAAGAAAUUGCCAAAAGUGCUAAAAUCAGUGUGAACGAGGUGGAGCUGCUGGUGAUGAAGGCGCUCUCGGUGGGGCUGGUGAAAGGGAGCAUCGACGAGGUGGACGGGCGGGUCCACAUGACCUGGGUGCAGCCCCGCGUGCUGGAUCUGCAGCAGAUCGCGGGCAUGCGGGACCGCCUGGGCUUCUGGUGCAGCGACGUGAAGAGCAUGGAGAUGCUGGUGGAGCACCAGGCCCACGACAUCCUCACUUAGCGCCUGCCUGCGGAGCUGCCUCCUGGCUGACGAAGCUGGCGGCUGGGUCUUCAUUUAAGUGGGGUGGGGUGGGGCGGGGAUUCUGUUUGGAGUAGGGACUGUUCUUGCUGUGAAAACAGGACUGUCAUUGAUGGGGGCCUGGUCACAUGGAGAAGCCUCCUUGGUGGGUGUCUCCUGUCACCUACACUGGGGAAGAGUCACCGCAUCUUAGGUGGUGAGGCAAGCACGUGUGUGGGGACACCCGCUCUAAGGCUGGUUUCUGUCCAUCCCCCUGCUGCAUGAGCGCUCAGUUCUGUAAUAAACGCCUUUGCUUUGUCCCGUC